CGAGAAUCGGGCGAUCGAAGGGUUUCAAUCAUAAGUUAUAGAUAAGUAGCCAGCGGUUAAUAAAAAGAGAGAUAUGAAGAAGCGACGCAUAACCAGCACAGCUGGAGAUGCCAAUGGACCUGGCGUUGGACCAAAAGCACGGACUUCAACUCGCUGGCGCUUCCGCAUUGCGUUGCGAAGAGAGGCACGCUUCGGCCAGGCGGUGCGGCAACUCAAAGAUUUGUUGCCACUGUUGGCGCUAAUUGCUGGAUGCGGAAUGAUCGGUGCAUGCGCAGCGGUUGGCUACUCCUAUGCAAGAUUCGAGGGUCCGGUGGUGGGGCCGGAGCAUCUGGUCACCGUCCACGACGGACGCACCGUGGACUAUGUGGCCCGUCCCGAGUACAGCUUCGCCUAUGGAGUCGAGGAUGGCAAGACGCGCGUGCUGCAGAAUCGCAAGGAGACGCGCAACGGGGACGAGGUGAGAGGAGUGUACAGCGUAGUCGAUCCGGAUGGCACCUUGCGUGUGGUUAAAUACACGGCCGACGAUGCCAACGGCUUCCAAGCCGAGGUCAUUACCAAUGGUGUGAAAACUCUGCACGGCCACGGUUCCGACGGGGAUGCGGGUGGCGGGUCGGUGGACAGCCAGGUGAGGCACCAUAGCGCCGAGGCCCACAAAGCGAAGGAGGAUGAUGAGGAGGAGGAUGAACGGGAGCGGGAGCACCAGGGGAAUGGCCAGUACCAAGUGCACGAGGAUUACGAUGAGGGAAAGGACGAGCAGGCGGAGGAGGACGAGGAGGGUGGCGGUCACCAGGAGUACGAGGGCAGCAGCGAGGAAGGAUAUGUCGAGGCAGAUGCUCACAGUCAGCAGGAGGAGUCCAGUGACGAGGACUACUAGAUUUGAAGAAAAACCUAUUAAUUAUAUUUCAUUUAUUGUGAUAAAUUAAAAUAUAUAUCAUAUAAGCAGUGUUCACUGCUCAAACC